GGCUCAGUCUAGCUCAGUUCUGCGUAGAUGUAAACUGGUUUCUUUUUAUCAGCUAACAGUAGACAGAGAAAAACACACUUCAUUGAUUUUUUAAAACGACCAUAUAUACCUACACAGAAUGGCCACUGAUUCGGGCUACGGCCAGCAUGGUGGCUCACAAAGCUACGGAUCAUAUACCGGUCAGCAGAGUGGGCAGAGUUAUGGGCAAGGAAAUGGCAGCGGCUCUUAUACGGGACAGAGCUACGGUAGCUAUGGUCAACCAGCUGCGACACAAGAGGGUUACAACCCGCCUCAGGCAGGCUACGGGCAGCAACAACAACAGAGCUACGGAAGUUAUGGACAGGAGUCAUCUGGGUACGGCGACAAGUCAACAACGUCGUCUACACCAUCGUAUGGACAAGGAUCAGGGUCCUAUGGGCAGCAAGGCUCCUAUGGCAGUCAAGGGCAGGGGUCCUAUGCUAGUCAGAGCCAAGGAGGAGACAGCUUUGGACAGCCAGGAUCUUACAGUAGCCCGGGAGCAGGCGGCGGCGGAGGAGGUGGAGGCGGCGGCGGCAGCAGUGGCUACGGAAGAUGGAGUGAUGCAGGUGAAAGUGGCGGUCAGCGCGGGAGGUUUGGAAGUGACCAAGGAGACCGUUCAGACGGAGGCGGCUACAGAGGCAGAGGCCGCGGCGGCAGUGGCGGCGGCGGUGGCUAUGACCGUGGCGGUUACGACCGCAGUGGGGGAUAUGAGCGCAGUGGAUACGACCGCGGCGGAAGAGGUGGACCUCCUGGUAUGGGAGGUGGUGACCGUGGUGGCUUCAAAAAUUACGGUGGAUCUCGAGACUACAGCUCAAGGGAUGAACCAGCUGCUGGGGAGCAGGACAACUCUGACAACAACACCAUAUUUGUGCAGGGACUGGGAGAAGAUGUCACAGUUCAGGAAGUCGGUGACUUCUUCAAGCAAAUCGGCAUCAUCAAGGUGAACAAGAAGACCGGCCAGCUAAUGAUCAACAUCUACUCUGACAAAGUCACCGGUCGGCCAAAGGGAGAAGCUACAGUGUCGUUUGAUGACCCGCCGUCGGCCAAAGCUGCUAUUGAUUGGUUUGAUGGCAAGGAGUUCCAAGGCAAACCCCUCAAAGUAUCGUUUGCCACCCGCAGAGCCGAGUUCACACAGAGAGGAGGAGGAGGAGGAGGAGGCGGCGGCGGAGGUGGAAGAGGUGGGAGAGGAGGUUUCAGAGGUCGUGGUGGCGGAGGACCCAACUUUGACAUUAAGGGAGGAGACUGGCCCUGUCCCAACAGCUCUUGUGGCAACAUGAAUUUCGCACGACGACAGGAGUGUAACAAGUGUGGAGCCCCCAAACCAGGAGAUGGAGGAUUUGGAGGUGGAGACCGUGGAGGCAGAGGAGGUUACGGAGGUGACAGAGGCGGCGGUGGCUUCCGAGGGCGUGGAGGAGGCUUCCGUGGAGGAGACCGCGGCGGUUAUGGAGGCGGUGGCGGCGGCGGAUACGGAGGAGGCGGCUACAAAAUGGGAGGACGAGGUGACCGCAGAGACGACAGAAGAGAGCGACCAUACUAAUUGUUGAGACAGACGCCGUUCCAGCUUUUUUCGAGUUUGCCAGCGGAGGGGAAGGGGCUCGGGGUUAGAGAAGGGGAUAGAUCAAACAUCGUGAUUGACUUACCCCCUUUUUCUUUUUUUUUUUUAUAUAACUCUUGCACCCCUCCCCCCCUCUCUCCCAGUCCUAUAUUCCUCUUUCCAUCUGUGAGUGAGGGGCAGGGAUGUGUUGAACGUUGGCAGUGUUGGCAUGUGGUCUAAUGUGUUUUUUGUUUUUUUGGUUUUGUUGUUUUUUUUUUUUUUUCUUCUAUGUUUGAUUUCUUUGUACAUCUUUUUAAUUUUCUCUCCAGAAUCUAGGUGCAGAUGUUUUGUGAGUUAGAAUCAUUGUUUUGUAUGAACGGAAUAAAAAAUGUUGUAAUCUUG